UGGUGCGCGUUCACGAGCCGCCUGGGGCACAGGCACUGGAUCCAGCCGGCACACACAGCUCUCACACCGGGGACACAGCACCGCGGCGCCGGGCGAUCACACACAUCACCGAGUUCCGUCUGAAGGAGGCGAAACCCGCGGACAGCUGCCCGCCCAGUACAUGCCUAAGAACUGUGACGUGAACGCCGCAAUCCCGUGGAGUUCGUAGAAAAGGAGUGACUGGAGAGAGAGCAGAGCCUGUUUAUUUGUGCGUGCCCUGCGUGCUGUGCUCGAGGAGGGCCGUGCGUGAACAGAUCUCCAUAUGUGCGUUACAAUGGGGGACAUCAGCGACCUGGACCGACAAAUAGAGCAGCUCAGACGCUGUGAGCUCAUCAAGGAAAACGAAGUGAAGGCCCUCUGUGCCAAAGCCAGAGAGAUCCUAGUUGAAGAAAGCAACGUACAGAGGGUGGAUUCUCCGGUCACAGUGUGUGGCGAUAUCCACGGCCAGUUCUACGACCUCAAGGAGCUGUUUAGAGUGGGAGGAGAUGUACCAGAGACCAACUACCUCUUCAUGGGAGACUUUGUGGAUCGAGGGUUUUACAGUGUGGAGACCUUUUUACUGCUGCUAGCACUCAAGGUACGGUACCCAGACCGGAUAACACUGAUCAGAGGUAACCAUGAGUCCCGGCAGAUCACACAGGUCUACGGCUUCUAUGACGAGUGCCUGAGGAAGUACGGCUCUGUAACUGUGUGGAGGUACUGCACCGAGAUCUUUGACUACCUGUCCCUGUCGGCCAUCAUUGACGGCAAGAUCUUCUGUGUGCACGGCGGCCUGUCUCCUUCCAUUCAGACCUUAGACCAGAUCCGCACCAUAGACAGGAAACAGGAAGUGCCUCAUGAUGGGCCCAUGUGUGACCUGCUCUGGUCAGAUCCUGAAGACACCACGGGCUGGGGGGUCAGUCCCAGGGGGGCCGGGUACCUGUUUGGCAGUGAUGUGGUGGCUCAGUUCAAUGCGGCCAACGACAUCCACAUGAUCUGCAGAGCGCACCAGCUGGUCAUGGAGGGCUACAAGUGGCACUUCAACGAGACUGUGCUCACCGUGUGGUCGGCACCCAACUACUGCUACAGAUGUGGGAAUGUGGCGGCCAUCUUGGAACUGGACGAGCACCUACAGCGGGAGUUUAUCAUCUUUGAAGCAGCUCCACAGGAGACCAGAGGCAUCCCCUCCAAGAAGCCCGUGGCAGACUACUUCCUCUGAGCCACCUUCCCCUUCUCUGGGACCCUCUCACCAGCCCUUCCAUCUGCUACUGGACACUCCGCACUUGGACUAAGCACCUGCCAGAGCACCUGUCAGACUCAAACUGAAGUGUUACUUUAGCCCCGCCCACAGAGUGCUCACAGAGAGAGCUGGACCUGCCUCUUCUCUUCAGCUUCUCUGGGUGGCCAUCUUGGACCUCCUCUGCGACUCUGUAGAUAAAACCCUGCCCGCAUCAACCUGGCUUCCACUUCCCGCUCUUAUAGUGUUUUUUUUUUUUUUUCAUGAACGUUUAUCAUUUAGUUAAGAAGUAUUUUUUCUCAGACUUAUGCAGUUGUAGGAAUCAUUCACAUUUUUUCGUUUGUUUUUUAAUUUUUGUAUUGUCAGGACGAGUCCUGUUUCUUAUGAUCUUUUAUUGUUUCUUUUUCAAAUGCUGUGUGUGAUUAUUUAACAUAGCCAGUGCUGCUGCCCAGCACCACCAGAGGAAUACCUGAAGUAUAAUGAACUGGCCAAACAGUCGCUGUAUUCUUUUCUCGUAAUUCCUUUUAAUCUACAAGUCUCUGUAGAUCUAUCCAUUUUGAUAUUGUGACAAUAAAGUUUUUGUAUCAAUGUUCA